CACAAACUGGAACUUGUGAGUAGAAUCAACCUAUGACAAGAACAAGAGCAAACGACAUCACAGUCUCCAUACAACCUUCAGCCCACCAUUGCAUGUCAGCUGAAGCAAAACCAGUGGAAAUGGAAACCAUACAGGAGUUGAUACCCUUCGCCAAAGAGAUGCUGAGUCAGAAGCCCAGCCGUGGUAUGCUGAAGGUCUACCUGGUGGGUUCAGUGUUCGCGGUGCUGGGGACAGUCAUUGGCCUGGUCGAGACCGUGUGUCACCCUUUCUCCUCUGACGAGCCGAUGGAUGCAGAGAUGGUCCUCAUGUUGGCCCGUGAGCAGAGGACAGUUGAGGCUGAGACACAGCAUAGUGUGGGGGCUCAGGAGAAGGAGGAGGAGGAGGAGGAGGAGGAGAAGGUGGAGGAGCUGGCUCAUGAAACUGGGGCCCUGACCCAGAGCAUGAACCUCUACAAGGCCCAUAGACUCAGCCAGCGGAGUAGUGCCAAUCGGCUGCAUGCCUCCUAAAGCCAAAGGGGCCAGCCCUAAGUGACUUGACAUAUUUAUUAAAGAACUGCUUGUGCCUCCUGCAACACCACUGAGUUGUGCAACAUAUACAUAUUUGAAGCUUUAUAGACAGAGGUGUCUGAGCUGCUUGGCUCUGUGCUGCUUAUUAAUGAUUCCUUCAAGUGCUGUUGGAAAUGUUUUUAGUAUGUGUUUACACAUUGGGCACAUAUGAAAGACCCCCGAAGGCCUCAGUGGCAGCACACAUGGAAGAGCUGAGACUUUCUGACAGGCUCUCUCACUGAGAUCACGUCAUUAAUGAUGCAGUAUAUGGUAUAAGUGAAGUGUACAUUAACUCAGUUAGACCAGUGGUUUUGCAAUUGGAUCUCCAGAUACCCAGUAAAUGUAAGAACUGUUCAAAAAAAAAAAUACAAAUCCUGCACUGACAAUGUUACAUGUUAAAGUAAAAGUAAGUAUGAUCAGGAAAAUGUACUGAGGAAUUCCCUGCUGUAGAUGGUUGAGUCAGAGCUCAUUUUGUUCUAAUGAUUUUAUCAUCAUGGAUUGAUUGGCUUGUAAAAGUAGAGCUCCUUCACAAUGUUGGUUUUGUCAAACCAACAGUCCAGCUUUCAAAGUUUAAAAAAAAAAUCUAUCUAAAUUAUAACAAAGCAUCAUAUUUUAUGGUCUAAAGUUAUGACUAUGGAUGUUGAAGUUAGGAGUACCUGAAGGCAGCAUGGUGUUGGGUCUGUCUGGCUGCGGUAAGCUGCUGUGUAGCGCCGCCUGUUGUCCGGUCGAGGUAUCUGAUCUGCCAAUCCACCUACUGAUUGUGUUUGAGAGGAAUGUUUGUUGUUAAUAUUGUGCUAUGCACAAAUACUGUAAAUAUUUUUUUUUUAUAUCAAUAAAGUUGAUGUUUUUUUAUAAA